AUGGCUCCAAGAGACCUUCCCGGCUUGUUUAAAUCUGCUAUUCUCCUUUUGUAUAAUUUUGACUCCUCCUUUCCAGCAGAAUGGGCUACUUUUGCUCUUGGCCCCGGUCACGGGAUCCAGCUGAAAUCUGGUCGCCUGUUGAUUCCCGCCUACGCUUACCACAUUGAGUGCAAAGAGUGCUUCGGACAGCUCUGCCAGACCACGCCCCAUUCAUUCUGCUUUCACAGUGACACUCAUGGGCGAACCUGGAGUUUUGGGCAGGCGGUCCCUGGUCCAGAGAGUGUGGAGUGUCAGAUGGUGUCAGUGGAUGAAGAGGGGGACAACUUAUUGUACUGUAAUGCACGCAGCCCUCUUGGCUACAGGGUUCAGGCGGUCAGUCUUGAUGAUGGAGCAGUGUUUCAGGAGGGACAACUUGUGCAGCGACUAGUAGAGCCUCAAAAUGGUUGUCAUGGAAGUAUUGUAGGAUUCCCCGCCCCUUUACACCUACAUCACUCUUUCAACUAUUACUUAUCCAAACCCAUCCAUUGCUCCAAACACUGGGCACCCUGUGCAGCCAACUCACACCACAUCAGUGUGGAUAAGACCAGUUCUCUGAAAGCCACUGUGUCACCAAGGAUCAGCUCCAGUCACUCCAACUCAGACUCUUCCAUUCUAAAUGUCACUGAAAGACCAAUUAUGAUGACCAUCCUCUCAUCACCACAGCCUAUUGCGCCUCCAGAUUUCCUUACCCCCACCUGGGUAGUGUAUUCUCACCCAACAUGGACUAGUGUACGGAAGGAUCUUGGAGUGUUUCUCAACCUGUUUCCACGUGAUCCAGACAGUUGGCAUGGCCCCUGGGUGAUCUACAAAGGUCCAAGUGCCUACUCUGAUCUGGCCUAUCUGGAACUCUCAGCCUCACCUGGGUCCCCGCCUGCAGUAGCCUUUGCCUGUCUAUUUGAGUGCGGCACCAAAACACCUUAUGAUGAAAUCUGUUUUAGCAUCUUCACCCUCUACGAGCUUAUUGAUAACCUGCCCCGGGAUGUGCAAUCUGGACUGGACAGCACUGUUAAUCAAAGGCAUCACAGCAAGCGGCAAACACUCCAAGUUACAGAGGCAGGGUGUUGUAGUUCUAAUAGAUGUGAUACACAAAAUCUAAACUGUCUCUAUGACAUGAUUCAUGGAAAUAAGAAAGAUAACAAGCUGAGUCCCCUGUGUUCUUUGUCUUAGAGUUCCCGUGAUUAUUGGAAUGACGCUUCCUUUUUAAGUCCUUGGGCGGCUUAAAUGCUUUUUUUGGUGAGGAAAGAUUUACUAACCUUGAAUUAAUGGACGGUGUUGUGAUCUUUGCGGAAUCAAUGCACACCCCGAUCGCAGCACU